AUGUCCGGCCGAGCUCUCCGCAAGGCUCUCCGCCAACGCGAGCUUGCAGCACUCUCACAGAAGCCCGAGGAUACGACCCAAGACGAAGAAGAACAGGACGAUGACGCACCCCCGCCACAGAAACCAAGCCUAUUUGCCCUCCUUGACGGAGAAGACGAGCCAGAGGACGAGCCAGAGGACGAAGACGAAGAAGAGGAAGUAGCGGUGGAAAAACCAAUAAUACCGAAGCAGGAAGGGGCGAGUGCAUCCUCAAAGAAGAAGAAGAAGAAGAAGAAGGGUAAGUCCAAAUCUGCACCACUGGUGCAGGAAGCAGGCGAGGAUGAGAUCGACGCCGCACUCAGGAUAUUGAAUCUUCAGCGCAAAAACUCUGGGGAGACGCCGGAUGUUCGUGUCGAGGAGAGUAAGCGGUUAUCAGAGAUCCUACGGGUGGAUCCAAGGAAUUUUGACGCUGCAAAUGAAAUGCGGCGGCUUUUUGGCCGGGUGGCAUUAGAUGGAGCGGAAGAACAUGGGGCAGGUGGACGUAAGAGAGCUGCUGUUCCUGCGAGAGGGCUAACAGGGAGGAAGAACACCUUCGUUCAGGCCAAGGAAGAGUGGCCGGUUGCUAGCAGUGGAGGGUUAGGGAUGGAGACGGUAUCGACAGACGGCGACAAUGUUACAGAAUUCAGGUUUGUACACUCUAGAGCAUAUCAAGACGUACAAAAACAGUUUAUGAUGUGUGUUGCAUCAAUGGACCCGAACCGUCUGAUACAAUUAAUGCAACACAAUCCUUAUCAUGUCUCUACUCUACUACAAGCGUCAGAAAUCUUUGCCCAGCAACGAGACCACACAAUCUCCGGCGACCUUCUUGAGCGCGCCCUCUUCACAUUCGGCCGUUCUCUCCACUCCACAUUUCAGUCGAAGAUAUCCGAAGGAAACGCCCGUCUCUCGUUUCUCUACCCUGAGAACCGUGAGUUCUGGCUUUGCUCAUGGCGUUAUCUGCGGAAUCUUCAGAUGCGCGGGACCUGGCGUACCGCCGAAGAAUUCGCACGCUUACUCCUAGCUUUGGAUCCGGAGGGAGAUCCAUAUCAGAUGAGAUUAUGCAUCGACUUUAUUUCCUUGAAGGCUCGCCAGCCCGAGCAUCUCCUCGCUCUCGUUGAGCAUCCCAUGUUCAGAGAGCUGUAUACUAAUCUCCCUAACAUGGCUUACUCCACCGCGUUGGCAUAUAAGCAACUCAACCAGGACACUGCGGCAAGGGAGUAUCUGGCGAAAGCAAUGACGAAAUUCCCAUGGGUUGUUACCCGCCUAUACGCUGAAUUGAACAUUGAGACCGAUAUCCCACCUGCCCUCUGGGGGGCACUGCCACCAGAGGGAGAUAAACUGCAGCCUCUACUGGCGGAGCUAUACGUCUCCCGCUCGCAGGAUCUCUGGAAAGAGUCGGGAGCAAAACGCUUACUUACAGACGUCGCAAGCACCAUCUACAACCUCCCCAAAAAGUCCCUCCUGAAACCACAGAAAACAGAAGAACAGGAGAUCAUCGAGGGCGUAUCGCUGGAUAUUGCGCGACAUGUCCUCAUUGCGGAUAUCCCAGGUGUUACUGCGCUGUUGCCACGAGGGUUUACAAGCCAUGGAAGCCGGGGGUAUGAUCUAUUGCCGCCGCCCGGCGAUAUCAGGAGUUACUCGGUGGAUAUACCGGAUACUGCGCCCGGUGCAAUAGAAGGCCACAGUGCCGUGGGGGCUGCGGGAUUGUUUAGAGAGCUUCUGAGAAGCUUGUUCCCACAUUUGGACCACGCUGCGGGGCAGCAGCCGUCGGAUCAGGAGGUUUUGGCCGCGUUGAGGGAGAGAGGGAUUGAUAUUGAGCAGGAGGGGUUGGGGGUCUGGAUGCCUGAUCAGGAGGAGGAAAGAGACGGGCCCGAGCGGUGA